AUGGAACAAUCUCGAGAAUCUUCUGAAAGGGAAAAAAUUGCACUCCAACAAGCUCAAGCUGCCAUCGCUGAGAAGGACUCUGCUGUUGCUGAAGCUGCUGCAGCUACGUCCCGAGAAAAUUCUAUGCUCCAGCUGCUGAUAGACGCUAGCUUGGAUAUGGCAGACGUCGGGCAGAUUGUUCCAAAGUGCUUGGAGAAGAUGUCGAAGAGGAAGAGAAGCUUCGGAAACUCCAUCGUUAAGGGUAUAGUUCUGAUGAACUCCGACGACUGGGGUCUUGGGGCAGUGGUGCGCAGCUGCUUCGGCGGCGUCGUCCCCGGCUUGGAAGCAGAGCAGCCGUCGCCUCCACUGGUGUCUACUUCUCGGGAAGCCGUGGUCGUCGACCGUGUGCAGGCUGCUCCGGCGUGCCCGUCGUCGCUAUACGACGUGCUGGAGUACUUGGACCUGGAGCACGAGCGGCUGCUUCCUCGUGCGCCGUUCUCCAUCACGCCACCGUCCACCGGCCGCGCGUGGGCGCCCGAGCGCGACGACAUACUCAUCUCCUUCCCUAUCGCCUCGACGUCCGAUCCGGCGAGAAAGCAAGCCAGCCGGAAACCGGGCGUCCGUGCUCCCAGGCGGCCAAAGAGAAGCAAGAAGAGUCAGGUGAAGAGAGUUGUGCGCGAGGUGCCGGAUGGCGACGGCGGCGUCUGCGACCCCGACGACCACUGGGCGUGGCGCAAGUACGGACAGAAACCCAUCAAGGGCUCGCCCUACCCACGAGGGUACUACAAGUGCAGCAGUCUGAAGGCGUGCACGGCGCGGAAGCUGGUAGAGCGCAGCCCGGCCAAGCCCGGCGUGCUCGUCAUCACCUACAUCGCCGACCACUGCCACGCCGUGCCCACUUACAUCAACACGCCCCCCGGCACCGCGCGAAAUGCGCUACAAUCGCCGCCCAGCGCUGACGUCUCGUCCUCCGUCGCUGCCGCGGAUGACGAGUCCGAGCUCUGGGCGCCUGUGGACAUGGACAUGGGGCUAGAUGAGAUUUUUGGCGCAUUCGACCACGAUUUUGACAAUUUCUUUGACGAAGGCGAUGAUGACGUUUUCAGGCGGUCGGUUUGGCUCUAG